CUCAGUAAUGGCGGCUACAAAUUAUGCUACCGCUCUGCAAAAAGAGCUCUUUUGCCCCAUCUGCUUGGAUUACUUCACCGAGCCGGUGAUCCUGAACUGCGAACAUAAUUUUUGCAGAGCCUGCAUCAGCACUUACUGGGACAGCCUGGGCGACAGCUUUCCAUGCCCACAAUGCAGGAAGAGGUGCCGCAGAGGGAAACUCAGGCCUAAUGCGCAGCUGGGGAAAGUGGCCGAGAGAGCCAAAGAGCUGGCAGCCAGGGAUACAGUCCUGCCAAGAAUGCCUCUGAGGGCUGGGAACAAGCCGCGGCCUGUUGCCAGAGAAGAAAUGUGCAAGCAGCACCUGGAGGCACUGAAGUUAUUCUGCAAGGAUGACGGGGCCCUGAUCUGUGUGGUUUGCGACAGGUCUAAAGAGCACAGGAGCCACACAGUGAUCCCUGUGCAGGAGGCAGCUGAGGAGUACAAGGUGCAGUUUCAGCACCACUUGGCCACACUGAAAAGUGAGAGAGACAGCAGAGAGAUCCUUGCAAUAAACAAAGGGAAGAAACUGGAAAUGCUGGUGAGUCGUGCAGAAGCAGAAUAUCAACGAACCGCCCUUGUAUUCCGGGAAUUAAGGAAAAACCUUCAGGACAGGGAGCACUCUCUCCUUCAAGGGCUGUCCAAAGUCAGCAAUGACUUGAAGCAAAUGCAGCGGGAGAAUGAGAGCAAGAUUCAGCAGGGAGCUCCACUUCUACAAGGAUUGAUCCUGGAACUCGAGCAAAAGUGUCAACAAUCAGAUACCGAGUUCCUCAAGGAUGUUGAAAGCUACCUAAACAGGUAUAAAAGUUGGAGCUUUCCAAAGUGGACACCAGUGUCCACAACAGAACUGGAAGAGAGGCUUUCUCAUUUUUCCCAUAAGAAGACAGUUCUCUGGGAGCACAUGACUGAGAUGCGAGAGAUCUUGACCUUGGAUCCUGAUUCGGCUCACCCCAGCCUGGUUAUUUCAGCCAACCGGAGGACUGCAAGUCGCAGGGACAUUUGCCCAACUCAUUGCAACACUUCCAAAAGAUUCUACCCUUCUUUUUGUGUCCUGGGCUCUGAAGGUUUCACAGGAGGCCGUCACCAUUGGCUGGUGGAUGUGAAAGGCCAAUGUGGUUGGGCCCUAGGGGUUGCGCAGGAAUCUGUGGAUAGGAAGAAGCCAGUGGUGCUUCAACCAGAAUGUGGGAUUUGGGCUGUGGAGCUUGGCCCCUGCCAACUCUUUCCAGUAACACCAGCCUCCAAAGAAGAGACGGAGAUCUCGACCCGCAGGAUAGUUGUGAGGUUGGACUACGAAGGAGGCCGAUUAACAUUCUCUGAUGCACAGGACUCCAAACCUCUCUUUACUUUCAGGACCUCCUUCACAGAAAAACUUUACCCAUUCUUUUGGCUGUGGUCCCGUCAGGCUUCUAUCACACUCUGUUCCUGAGAGAAAGAGAGGGUGACUAUGUGAAAGGCCAACGCAGUUGGGUCCUAGGUGCAGCUCAAGAAUUUGUGGCAAAGAAGAGAGUGACCUGGAGUUGUUAAAAAUGCAGCUUCCAUCAGCAGUGAUGGGUUAUACCAGUAAGAGUAGGGACCGGUUUUCUGCACCUGGUACAUUCUGUGAAAGGCCAGUCCUGAGUUACAGACAUCCAACUUACAUAUGACUCCUAGUUAAGAACUGAGGUGAGACAACAAGAAGUGAGAGAAAUCUACCCCUAGGAAGGGAAAUUCACCCCUGAAAGAGUUAUCAUGGGGAAAAGGGGUCUCCAUUGAAGUUUUCUUGCCCAUCCUUGUUUCCACAACAAACCAAACAAGCCUUUGUGAUGAGGUCGUAAAUCAGUGGUUCUCAACCUGUGGGCCCCAGAUGUUUUGGCCUUCAACUCCCAGAAAUCUUAACAGCUGGUAAACUAGCUGGGAUUUCUGGGAGUUGUAGGCCAAAACACCUGGGGAACACAGGUUGAGAACCAUUGUCCUGGGCUGAUGUUGUCUUAUGGCAACCCUAUGGAUGAGAGACCUCCAGGCCACCCUUCCUAAUAUAGCCCUGCUCAGAUCUCGCAGACUCAGGGCUGUGGCUUCCCUUAUUGAUUUCAUCCUUCUAUAUUGCAGCAUUUCUCCUUUCCUAUUGCCUUCUGACUUCCCGAUCAAUAUUGUCUUUUCUAGUGAGCCAUGCCUUCCCAUAAUAUGCCUUCCCAUAAUAUGCCCAAAGUACUACAGUCUCUGUUUUGCUACAUUGGAUUUUAAAGAUCUUAUAUCAAGUGACCCAGGUUUAAAACUUGAAUUUCCUAAAAGACCAUUAAAUGAAUUUUGGUUUGAGAUUAGGACAUAAUUUCUAAUAAUUUCUGAAAUGUCUCUAAACAUAUUUCUGCCUAUGCGGAUUGCAGUGGCACAACGGGUUGCUGAACUUGCUGAACUGAAGGUUGGCAGUUCAAAUCCGUGAGAUGGGGUGAGUACUUGUUUUUAGCCCAAGCUCCUGCCAAUCUAGCAGUUCGAAAACAUCCAAAUGUGAGUAGAUCAAUAGGUACUGUGUUGGUGGGAAGGUAAAAGGGCGUGUCAUGAAGUCAUGCCGGCUACGUUAGGAGGUAUCUAUGGACAAUGCAGGCUCCUGUUAUGGCUCAGCAGGAGCCUCAGGAGGAGCUGGAAGAGGAUGAUGGGUUUCAGAUCCCUGAACAUGUUCCUAUUGUUGAUAUAGAUGAUGUUGAUGCUGAAGACGAGGAGUUCCAGUUUCCCAUGGGAAGGGAUGUUGUCUUAGAAGAUGUUUCUGAUCUUAGUAAAACUUCACAGGUGCAGGUGGAGGAGGCGAGCCAGCCUGUGAGC